UUUCAUUUUUUUGCAGCAAAACAAAAACUUUUCAUCGACACAAACAUGCUUUAAAACCGAACCCGACCUCCUUCGGAAUACGUUCGGAACGGGAAUUCCAGCGUUUCUCUCGACAGAAACGAACUUUUAACGGAACCUCCUUAAAGAUUUCAUCUGACCCAGCAGUGAAGUAAGAGUAGAGAGAAAGUUGUGACACCUCAAUAGAAAAGUGAGUAUGUUCUUAAAGCCACAACGAUUGUUUUUGCUGCUUGGUGCUGUCCUGGCUCCGUGUCCCAGCCUUUGGGGACAAACCUGAAGACCCAGCAGGACACGCCGAAGACACCCAGGCUAUGCCUGAAGGGCAGAAUCAGAGCAUGGUUAUUCUGCUCCUGCUCUCAAAAUUUCCCUCCAGUGCACCUUCCUAGAGAGCCUCUGAAAUCGCUGAAUUUUCUACUUUUAGAAGCAACAAGAGAUGGAAAAAUCUCGGCUGCUGCCAAGUGAGGAGUGCUUGAAGAUGACACAGUUGAUGGCACUUGGUAUGGAAACUUCAGUUUGUAGUUACAGGACCUGUUUGCUGCAAACAGUGAAAAAAUCUGCUCUUUUCUCAGGAAUUAAGAGAAAAUGGACUAAAAAAAACCCAUCAGUGACGGCUGAAGCGUGGACGCUUCACGAUUUCCAUAAAAUGAAGCACCUAAAAGUCCAUUGUUUUCUGCAAAGGUGCCUGGAUUUUCAGGGAGAGAGGUACCUGCCUUCUGAUUUCCUGGGAGCAAAUAUGAUCACACUGCCUAUUAGGCCUGGAUGUGCUGGGAUUAUCCUCCUGCUGCUGUGACAAUCAGCAUUAUUAUUUCAGGGAGUAACUGUAAACCGUAGAUUUGUACGGCUCGGCUUUGCUUGGAAUAAACAUAAUGUCAAUGGGAACAGAAUGGUUGAACCUUUCCCAGAGGGAACACAGAUGGCUCUGUUUGGCAUGGGCUGUUUCUGGGGAGCUGAGAGGAAGUUCUGGAGGCAGAAAGGAGUCUACUCCACUCAAGUGGGUUAUGCAGGAGGACAUACCCCAAACCCUACCUACAAAGAGGUGUGCUCAGGGAUGCGCCAGGGGAACGACGUGGGCACUCAGUAUCGCUCUGCCAUCUACACCUUCUCCCCGGAGCAGAUGGAAGCUGCCCUGAGAUCCAAGGAGGAAUAUCAGAAGGUGCUGGCAGAGGGAGGCUUUGGCUCCAUCACCACGGAGAUCCGGGAGGCUCCCGAGUUUUAUUACGCCGAGGAAUAUCACCAGCAGUACCUCAGCAAGAAUCCUGGUGGAUACUGUGGGCUGGGGGGGACGGGGGUUUCCUGCCCCAUCGGCCUCAGGAAAUAGCCUGUGCUUGCUCCACCACCUCCUCUUCGUGGCAGGGAGUUGGAAAAACAACCAGGAAUCCCCGGGGUGGAUGUUCCCACAGCGUCCGUGGAUAAAGAUUUGGGAAUCUGCUGGGGAGGCUUUCCACAAUCAUAAGUUUUCUGCUUGUUGACAUCAAAAGCCAAAGGUGAGGCAGGGAUUGCUCCCAUCACAGCUUCUUGCUCUCUGAAACUCCUGGGGUUUCUUUGUUGUCUGGAGAGGUGAAAAGAGAUCCAAACUUCCAAAAUUUUGGCUCAAAAUGCUGUUAGAAAGGUGAACUGGGAGGUGGUUACACCCACAGCUGCUUUGCAUUUCCAAUGCCUUUGGACUUGUUGAUUUUCUUGGUUUAAUUAAUUUCCUGGUGUAGCCAGAGGUUUGACUUCUGGAGAUGUGGCUGGGUUCUUUACUUGCCACAACCCUGUAAUUUGAUGGCUUUGGGAAGGAUGAAUUGAUCAGAUCAGUGAUUCCCCUACCACAAGUCCACUUUCUCAGCAUUUAGUACCACCUGUAGUGCCUAUUUUCUGAAAUGAUUUUAGCCAGAAAAAGUCAAAAUUGUGAUGUGAUGCUUCUUUUUGACAGUUCCAAUAGGUGAAUAAACACAAAAAGAAAUCGCUUUUGUUUCCUGCUCCACAAUAAAUGACAGAACAAGAA